UAACGAUCCGCGGCUGUACUGGAUUGCCAGGCGGACUUCUCACGCCGGUUGCUGGGAGGCACUUCCCUAAAUGCGGCUUCUGGCGUUGGCUGAUAAAGUGACCGUGCUUGCAACGCCAAGGGAGUGCGAGUGACUUACACACGCACACACACUCCCCCCCCUCCCCCUCCCCUCUUCAUUCGGAUUGUGGCGGCUGAUGCGUGUGUGGGGACCCGGCUCUGAAUCGUGUGGAUUCUGCAGGAGCAGAACUCUGCUUUGGGGAUGGGGAGAAACCUGCCGUCCCAGGGCUUCCUUACUGGUAAAUUCCGACUGUCCUGCUGGGAGGAGGAACUUGGAAACCCUGCGGCCCCCGGGUUUAUUUGAGGUGAGGGGGGCUGGGAGACAGGAAUGGCAAAGAAUGUCUUCGGAGGUGGAAACAGAACCAGCUGCUGAAACAACUUCGAGCAGCCCAGGGGGAAGAACAGCAGCACCUGCAGAUGUUCGAGAGGAGCCCAGCACAGCAUGACAUGCAACAGAUUCAUUGCAACAUCAUCAGGGUGAGGACGCUAAUCCUGUCCUCUCACGGAACACAGCAACGCCCUGUCAAGCAGUCCUUGAGUGCCUCCAUGUGCAGAGAAUCCCACUGGAAAUGCCUCCUUCUUUCCAUCCUUAUGUAUGGCUGCGUGGGUGCUGUGGCCUGGUGUCAGCUAGCCCGAGUCACCAAGCUCAGCUUUGAUAGCUCCUUCAAAGGCAAGUCUAUGAUCUACCAUGAUAGCCCGUGCUCUGAUGGCUAUGUCUACAUCCCCCUAGCCUUCCUCACCAUGCUGUACGUGGCCUACCUGGUGGAAUGUUGGCACUGCCAUGCCAAAAGCGAACUCCAGUACAAGGCAGAUGUGGACAGCGUCUAUGACCGUAUCAACCGCAUGCAGCAAGCCACUCCCUGUAUCUGGUGGAAGGCCAUCAGCUACCACUUUGUGCGACGCACCCGGCAGGUGACCCAGUACCGCAAUGGUGAUGCUUAUACCACCACGCAGGUCUACCAUGAGCGGGUCAACACACAUGUGGCUGAAGCUGAGUUUGACUACUCUCACUGUGGAUUCAAGGACAUCUCCAAGGAGCUGCUAGGCCUAGAAUGCUACACAGCCACGAAGCUGAAGUUCACCAAGUGCUUCAGCUUUGCCAACACAGAGUCAGAGAACUCCUACCUGACCCAGAGGACUCACUUUUUCACAGAGAUUGAGGGGCUGGAUGACUACAUGGAGGUCAGGGAAGGCAUGCAGCUCAAAAACAUAGACUUCAAAGAGCUUAUGAUGGCCUAUGGGGACCCAGAGCAUCUCCCAUGGUACGUGUCCCACUAUACUUUCUGGGUGGCAGCUGUCUUGAUGAUUUCCUGGCCACUGCGGGUGCUCAUAGAGUAUCGGACUGCGUACGUGCACUACCAUGUUGAGAAGCUCCUAGGCCUAGAGUACACAGUGCCUGGCAUAGCAGAGGAGCCCCUGUAUAGGUAUCGCAUGCCCCGGGAUAACACUCAGGACAGCACUGAACUGGAAUGGCACAUCUGUACCAACCGACAGCUGAUCCCCAGCUACUCGGAGGCCAUGCUCCUGGACCUGACACACUCCCCUGUGUACAACGGCUACUCCAUGUGUGGGUACAGUGAAAUAGCUCAUGGCUGUGAAUGCUGCAACCAGGCCUCCAGCAACUCCUCCAUCUUCUCCCGCUACGCCUUCCACAGUGGCAGCGGAAACUCACGCCUCUCCCUCAACACCAGCCGCUUCUCUUUGUGCCGGGUUCAUGGCUCCCACAGGACAGGCCUCGGGAGGAGCUGCAGCAGCAGCAUUGCGGACCGUGGCUGCCAGGAUGAACAAUGUUGCUCUUACUCUAGCCAGUUAGCCAUCAAUGAAAACCCACCCACCUACCAGGAUGCCCGCUUUUUCCCAGUGUUAAUUGUGCACAGGCCUGAAGGGCACGAGGGGAGGCGCUUCUACAUCCGGCGCUCAUCCUGCCUGGAGACGGCUCUGUGAUCAGACCUUAUAGUUCUAUGGCUCCUCCCUCCCCAGGACAGCUCCAUUGCACUAGUGCUGUUUGACAGAGAUGCUAUCAGCAGGGAAACUGUUAACUUCAAGACUGUGCCAUCACACACUAGCUCCACAGGGCAAACUCUCCAAUUCUAAUUCCCCUCACUGCCAAUGCAAGAAAAUAUAUCCUCUCUGACAAGCAGCUACUCAUUUCUCUUCCUCACACUUUCCAUUACUUCCCCAUUACUGGGUGUCCCCUCUCUUUUUUCCUCUUUCCUCCCCUUCUUCCGCUCAUCAGUCACCCUUUUCCUUUCAUCCCCUGUUCCUGUCUCCUCUCUCAUUCCCAUCUCCAUCCUCCCCUCACAUUUCAGUCAUUAUACUUUGCACCACAACAUCAAUUUUCACCUGAGGAUCUCAAAGUGCUUUGCAAACACUGAUGCAUUUAGCCUCUCAAGUCUCUUUUAAGAAAGGAAACUGAGGCCCAGAGAGGUUAAGUGAUUCGCCCAAGAUCACACAGCAAGUCAGUGGCAGAGCCAGAAGCAGAAUUCAAAUCUGCAGACUCCCAGUCACCUGCUAUUACCACCAGACCAGGCUUAUCUUUCCCUUCUCCUUCUCUCAUUUACUCCCUCCCUCUUUCACUGUCUCCUGUUCUUCUCUGUCCAUGCCUGUCUUUCUUUCGGCUGUUUCAGUUCU